AUGUUUCGCAAACCCUCCAAGAAGAAAAAGCCAUCGAAAAUCCGCAAGCGUGAGGAGGAAGAGGACGACGAAGAGGAUCUAAGCUUGCAAGACAAAAUCAGGAGCACUCAGAAGAAGCAUAAGAUCUUAAGUUCAUUACCACUGGUGACUGGAAAUCCAUCACGAAGCUCAAGCAAUAAGGCUUCAACAGAGGAUGUGACCGACUCCGAAAAUGCGACAGGGGAAAUGACCGUAAUGGAGAAGAAAAAUCAUGAGCUCAUGCAAAACUACAUUGAACAGAAAUUGAACAGUGACAAGCCGACGGGGAGUAGUAAUCCAAACUCUGACACGAACACGAAUGAGGACGACAUGAAAGAUGUAGCGGUUACUGAUGAGGAGACAUUAUAUCAACAAUUGGCAAAGGAAGUCUACUCAAAGAGGCAAUAUGAUAAAGAGCAAGUUCAAGAAGAACGAGGUGCUGUCUUGGUGGGGGGCACAGGUUUGGCCGAAGUCAUCUUACCCGCAUCACACUCCGGCAAAAAGAACAAAAGCAAUCAACAGUUUAAGAAUCGCGUCAACCGGAAAGAUGAUUCCUCCUCGGCUGUACCCGCAUUAUCUUCCAUGUCGAAUGCAAAACUUCAUGCAGCCCCACAAUUUCGAAGUUUCCAACAGCACCACAAGCGAGCACCUGCGGCGCCUCAAGAGGAAAAAGAUUCUGAAAUUGCUAAUGCGGGUAAUGAGAAAAUACCAGGGGAUGGUGAUCGCGUAGGAUUCGACGCAUAUCGAGGGAAACCAACCGAAAAGAAGCCAAUUGUCAAGAAGCAACGAGACGAUUCAGCAUUUUCUGAUUUUGUUAGGCAUCAACGAGAUAAGAUGAUGAACCGAAGAUGA